GUAACCGGCCGCCUGCGAGCGAAACUUCCGCCUGUUAUCGAUUUCAUCGUCCAAAAGGUAAUCGGGAAACGACGGGGAAGGCGGCGUUGUGCACCUCCUCUUGGCAUAAAGAUAAAUGACCUCCUUGCUUUUCUGUGCGCUAAACUUACAGGAUUCCGAAAGGGAAAACCAAUUUAGAGGUGGAUACAUCGUUCCAUUUUGCCGGGGGAAAUCCUCACCCUCUGGAAAUCCAAAAAGCUGAGCGCGAUUCUCGGCCUAGGCUCCGGUCCGGGCUGUAUCCAUUUUGCAAUCACAACCCAGAUCUCCUAUCCCCCGCACUACUAAUCUUGUUCUUGUUCCCUCCCAUCAUGCCGUUCACGCCAGACAGUACGAUGCUCAUCCGCUCGAGGGAGUACGGGGACGGGUCAGAGUACGACCUUUCUUCGACUUCUUCUACGAUUAUCCCGGACCACUAUGUGAAGCGGCUCUGGAGGAGACAUACGCUGUUGAUUGGUAAUGGAGGCACGGGGCGCACGAUCCAGUUUAUUAAUAAGGACGAGAACUCGAAUGAUAGGUCUGUCGCGUAUUCGACGACUGAGGAGGGGAAUCUGUUGAGGAUCCUUACCGGUGGGUACGGCGAGGGAGGUACAGAGAUUGCGAGAGUUUUGUGGUCUGGGUCUGGGAGGUCGAUUGAUAAGAACAGUACGAUGACUAUGGGUAACAAAUCCGGAGCGGUGAAAGAUCUUCUGAAAAAAAGCAAUCGCAUGUCGACCAGUCGGAUAUUCGUAGGUCCAGACGGGCUGGAAUACAAGUGGAAGGUGAUUUCUGUUGGGAACGAUCCUGCGUUCCCGGAGACGACGUACAAGACGCUGUAUGUGAAGGAUUCGCAGCAUCCGGUGGCUACGACGUCGAGGCUUACGAGGAGGGAUGGGAAUAUGAAUGAGGAAGCCUACCCGAUUUAUAUUGCCGAACGCGGGAUUAGGAUCCAGAGCUGGAUUGUGGCUUCGUUGGUGAUUCUCGAAAAAAUUCAGACGUCGUAGGCUUCUCCUUCUCGUUGAACGAUUCAGUCUUUUUUGGGGCGUUAUUUAAUAUCUGUUCAAUUCGUUAAUGCUUUCGUUGUAUGCGAUAAUUAUAAUGAGGUUCAAGGGAAGGGGAUGCAGUAUGCGAUGGGUCGGCUUGUAAUAACCAAUGUUGGGGAGAAGCGUAGAUUCCCUGCAGGUCCCUGGUACUGCGAUCUGCCACUGCAUGUAGUUUUGCCGAAAGAAUAUUCUGUUGGUAUAGCGGGAUCAGAAGGAGUUUGAGUUUAUAAAAAUAUGACGGGACCUUUACAUACUUUAAAGGAGAAUCA